UACCUUUGCUCUGUGAUUUCCAUCUGGGAGUGUCAAGGUUAAUUGGGGGCAGUUGGUGAAAGCCAGGGCCGGGGCCCCUUUAGGAGAGAAGCUGAGGAGCUGGGGGAGCCUGCAGGGUGUCCCUCACCCAGAGAAGGAGUGUGGUGCUGUGAGCCUGCAGGUGAGGGCACAGGGGGAGCGUGGAGCAGGGCAGCAGGGAACGAUGGUGAGGCGCCUGGUCCUCCGCCUGCCUGCCCUCCCUGUCUGCCUCGCCGUGGUCCAGCUGCUCAGCCCCUGCUCAGCUCAGUUUGCUGUGGUUGGACCCCCCGAGCCCAUCGUGGCCAUCGAAGGUGAAGACGCUGAGCUGCCCUGUCACCUGUCCCCGGAGAUGAGCGCUGAGACCAUGGAGCUGAUGUGGGUGCGAUCCAGCCCCAGGCAGGUAGUGCACACGUACGCACACGGGCAGGAGGACACGCCGGCAGCAGAGUAUGGAGGGAGAACCUCGAUUUUAAGAGAGGACAUCACUGUGGGGAAGGCUGCUCUCCGGAUUCAGGACAUCAGAGCCUCUGACAGAGGAACCUACCUGUGUUACUUCCAAGAUGGAGAUUUCUUUGAAAAUGCCCAGGUGGAGCUGAAGGUUGCAGCGCUGGGCUCUGACCCCCACGUUGAAAUGAAGGGCUACGAGGCUGGAGGGAUCCGUGUGGAGUGCACGUCUGCCGGCUGGUACCCGCAGCCCCAGAUCCAGUGGAGAGACGCCAGGGGGCACAGCUUGUCUGCUGAGGGGGCCACAGCGGCUGCAGACUCCCAGGGCCUUUAUGCAGCCUCAGCCUCUGUGAUCCUGGAGGACAGCUCUGGGGAGGGGGUCUCCUGUGUCAUCAGAAACCCCCUGCUGGGCCAGGAGAGGUCAUCAUCCAGGGUUUCCAUUGCAGGCCCCUUCUUCCGGAACGCGCAGCCCUGGGUGGUGGCCCUGAGUGUGACCCUGCCGGCUCUGCUGGGGCUCCUGGCGGGGACGUGGUACUUCCUGUGGCGACAGCAGAAGAAGAUCCAGGCCCUGUCCCAGGAGAAGGAGAGGGAGCGAAGCUCCAAAGGUGAGGCCCCACUGCAGGUGGUCGACACCUCUCCACCACAGCUGCAGGACCAACUCAGGUGGACAAGGAUCCCGUACCUACCAGAAGGAGCGAAAACACUGCAGUAUCACUCGUGGAAGACAGCCCUCUUCCAGCCUGCGGAUGUGUUUCUGGACCCAGACACGGCGCACCCCACCCUCCUGGUUUCUGAAGACAAGAGGAGCCUGCAGCGGGUAGACACAUGGCAGAAGCUGCCAGAAAACCCCAAGAGAUUUGACUGGGAGAACUGUGUGCUGGGCUGUGGGAGCUUUAUAUCUGGGAAACACUUCUGGGAGGUGGAGGUGGGGAACAGAAAUGAUUGGCGUGUUGGGGUGUGCAGGGAGAGUGUGAGCAGAAAAGGUGGCGGUAAAAUGGUCCCUGAGAAUGGAUUCUGGACAGUGGGGCUGAAUCCUGGGAAGGGUUACCAGGCUCUCACGGACCCAGACACCACACUGACCAAUGUGAGCCCCCCUGAGAGGGUGGGGGUUUUCCUGGACUGUGAGCUGGGGCAGGUCUCGUUCUACAAUGCCCUCGACGGGUCUCACAUCUUCACCUUCCCGCACACCCGCUUCUCUGGGCCUCUGAGGCCUGUUUUCAGGGUUUUGACAAUUCAUCGCACUUGCUUGACCAUUUGCCCAGCACAGAAAGCAGGGAGGUCCCUUGUGCCUGACCCAGGGCCUGACCCUUCCCUGGAGACCCCAGUGUCCCUGGGCACAGCGGGUGGGAAUGGGGACCCUCAGGCUGAAGAAACGUCUCUGCUUCCUGCUGCCCAGCCUGGGGCUGAGGGCCCCCUGGACAGCAAACCUCUCAGCAAGAAAACAUUCACUGAAACCACACUGAGUGACGGACUUCACUAACAUUCAUUCAAUUUUUCCACAUGAGAGACAAGGAGA